AUGCUCCGGCUUCCCGGCCGGUAUCAAGGGGACGACGAAGAUCCAUUCCCCCCCAAGAAUAGGCCGAAUUUCACCCACCCUCACGUUGAAUUCAACCCCGGACUAUCCCGCCAUUGCGCCUUCCCUUCUCUGCCGUUCGAUCACCCCGGACCUGGGCCAUCGGAGCUCGACCAUGAUGAGCGCCUGAUAUUGUCGAUAGCAAAGACUUCAGCCCUUGCUCAAUCAACCUUUCCAAGCCCGGCCUCGGAAGCUCACCUGCGACGCGGACAUGGGAGCAUGGCCUCGGAGGAGCAGGCAACUAAAGCAGGACUUGUCGCGGUCAUCAUCAGGCGGCCUAAGACGCCUACCCCAGAACCUGAUCAGCUAGAGCUAUCAUGCGGACGACGGGCUUCUUGUGUCUCUUUAUCGCGGAAGAAUUCGUCCCAGCCUCGUCCUCCCACUGAUGGCGGUGCUGGAGCGCAGAGCCGCCAAACGAGUGACAGCAGUGGCUCAGAAUCCAUGCCCAUGGAGGCUACACCCCAGUGGUCAGACCUCUCUGAUGGCAUGAAAUAUGUCAUCCUUCACGAGAUGACUCUCCGAAUGUCGUUCACACGCGCAUCAAAGCAUCUCAGGCUGAGCUGGGGCGAGACCUUCGACGUGGUAGAAAUGGUCCGUCAAGAGAUGGGAAAGAACAAAAUGUACACCGAAAAACUUCAAGAGUACGACCAUAUGAUGCGAGACGGCCCGUACCUGGAGUACAACCGCGGCUGGCUCGACGACUUCAUCAAGAUUCCCCACCCGCCCCUCCUCACGGAUAACAUCACAGCCCGGGAGAUAAAACUGGCGAGAGCGUUCCUCAACUUCCUGGGGUUGCAGGAUGUUGCAGUAAAGCUGGGCGAAUACCGCGGGAAUACCGGAGAGUACUACGAGAUACCCCUGAACCACUAUCUCGAGGACGGAGAGCGCCGCACUAGAACCAUGUCGGACGAGGAACUCCACGUGAGGCUGGAUUCGCCCCCGGGGUCUAUUAACCCCAAGCGACUCGAGUCCCGCUCACAACAGGGCAAUGGGCUCAACCUGGAGCACGUAGGGCACGGGAUUCACCCUGCCAACUUC